AUGGCGCAAGACGAUGGGGGAUUACGUUUUCGUUAUCAAUGUGAGAACCGAGGAUCCACCGCUGGCUCGAUUCUCGGCGUUGGCUCAACUGCCCAGCGUCGGAUCUAUCCAACGGUUGAGAUCCGAAAUCACCAGGGGCCUGCUAAGAUCGUCAUCACGUGCGUCACCUCGGACGAUCCCCCGCGACUGCACCCGCAUCGUCUAGUAGGCCACAAGGAUUGCAGCGAAGGCAUCUGCGAGAUGCUCGUUGAGCCGGCACUGACGCCCGUCAUGGCACACUCGAUCAAGAAUCUGGGCGUACAGUGCAUCCGGCGGAAGGACGUAGACGCUGAGUUGAGGAGGAAGGAGAUGCGCUACGCGAAUCCGUUCAACGUGCCAACGGGUAAUUUGUCAACGAUCAACCUGAACGAGAUUCGACUCUGCUUCCAGCUUCACAUCGAAUCGUACUCUGGACAGUUCAUUCCCGUGUCACACCCAGUUCUGUCCACAAUAAUUUACGACAAAAAGUCCAACCCAGAUCUCAUCAUCUGUUCGAUGAGUGACUGCACUGGCCCAGCAUCCGGAGGGAAACAAAUCAUCCUUCUGACGGAAAAGGUCAACAAAGAUGACAUCCAGGUUCGGUUCUUCAAAGAAUUCGGACCCGACCUAAAACCGUGGAUCGCCUACGGAGCGUUCAACCCAACGCAAGACGUUCACAAACAGGUGGCCGUUGUGUUCAGGACACCGGCUUACUACGAUCGUUUGAUUACGAGUCCCGUUAAGGUUCAAAUUCAACUGCAACGUAAGCGAAGCAAUGAACUGAGCGAUCCUCUGGAAUUUGAAAUGCUACCAGACGACGCAGCAAUUUUGCCACGAUUUGAUGAUAUUUUUAGCGGCACGCCUCAAAACAACAACUACAGCGAUCCUGGAUUUUAUGGAUAUCAGUAA